UAUUCCAGCCUUUACUAGCCGUUUAAUCUUCGUCGCCGCAAACCACCAGAAAACACCAUCAAAACCCUAGUUCUUCAUAUAUAUGAACCCCUAAUUGCUCAUUUGCUUAAUCACACACGCAUUAAUCGCUCUCUCUUGAUCCUGCUCUCGCAUCGCUUUCUAGCAAUUAACGAUCUCACUAAGCUCUUUAAUUUUCUUUUUCCAUUCUUUUAUCGUUUAAUUGCUGAUUUCUGUUCGUAGCUUCUUCGUCUAAUCUCUUUGUGUUGCAGGAUUUUUGGAUUUCUUUAUCUUACUUUUUAUAUAUAUACUUGUUAUUUCUAACGUUAUGGAUGCAGGAUCUGUAAGUUCAUCGGCUACCAAGUCACACUCACGAUGCCCCCUUAAGGAGCAAUACCUUCAAAGAAGAAAUUCUAGAGAAAACUUGGAUAGAUUCAUACCGAAUAGAUCAGCGAUGGAUUUUGAUUACGCUCGUUACAUGCUAACGGAAGCCAAAAAAGGUAAGGAAAAUCCAAUGGCGAGCUCACCUUCAAAGGAAGCAUACAGGAAGCAUUUAGCAGAAACCUUCAACAUGAACAGAACAAGGAUUCUAGCUUUCAAAAACAAGCCACCAACACCCACAGAUGCCAUUCCUAACAACUGCUCUACUUCCUUUCAACAAUCAAAACCAGUAAAAGCUCGUAGAUACAUUCCUCAGACUUCCGAAAGGACAUUGGAUGCUCCAGAUCUUGUAGAUGAUUACUACCUAAACUUAUUGGAUUGGGGAAGCAGCAAUGUCCUUGCUAUCGCUUUAGGAAACACAGUGUAUCUAUGGGACGCUACAGAUGGAAACACCUCUGAACUCGUUACAGUAGAUGACGAAGCUGGCCCUGUUACAAGUGUCAAAUGGGCACCCGAUGGUCAACACAUCUCCAUCGGCCUAAACAAUUCCGAUAUCCAACUCUGGGAUUCUACCUCAAACAGAUUGUUGCGUACAUUGAAAGGUGGACACCAAUCUCGAGUUGGAGCCCUAGAUUGGAACAACCAUGUUCUAACCACAGGAGGAAUGGAUGGGAGAAUAGUAAACAACGACGUCAGAAUAAGAUCGCACAUAGUCGAAACCUACACCGGACAUCACCAAGAAGUUUGCGGGUUGAAAUGGUCUGCUUCAGGUCAACAGUUAGCUAGUGGUGGAAACGACAACCUUCUUCACAUAUGGGACAGAUCAAUGGCUUCUGCUAAUGCUCCGACUCAAUGGCUUCACAGGCUCGAGGAUCACACGGCUGCAGUGAAGGCGCUUGCGUGGUGCCCGUUUCAGGCGAACUUGCUUGCAUCCGGAGGUGGUGGUGGGGACAAGUGUAUAAAGUUUUGGAACACGCACACGGGUGCUUGUUUGAACUCGGUGAACACAGGGUCACAAGUGUGUGCGCUUUUAUGGAACAAAAAUGAGCGGGAGCUUUUGAGUUCGCAUGGGUUUACGGAGAAUCAACUGACUCUUUGGAAGUACCCAUCCAUGGUUAAGAUGGCGGAGCUCACUGGUCAUACAUCACGAGUUCUUUUCAUGGCACAGAGUCCGGAUGGAUGUACAGUUGCAUCUGCAGCAGGAGAUGAGACGUUGAGAUUUUGGAAUGUUUUUGGGAGCCCGGAAGUAGCUGCCAAAGCCGCUCCCAAGGCUGCAACUGAGCCAUUUGCUCACUUGAACCGCAUUCGUUGAUUGAUAGAGUCAUUAAUGCAAAAUGUAUAAAUUUGAAUUCUAUUUCAUUGAUGCAAAAUGUAAAUUGAUGUCAGGAUAGUUAUGUAAAUUGUAGUAAGUUUGUUUAUGUUAUUCACAAGACACCUUGUUUUUCUC